AUUUGCACGCAGCGCUCUAUUUGAUAUCACACGCGAUAAUGGGCAGAAAUAAAAAGAAACAAAGUCAAACUAUUCCUUUAAUUCCUACUUCACAGAACAAAAGAGCAAGACGCAAGAAAGCCAAGAAGCUUAAAAAGAACUUAGAAGGAACAAAUGCAAUUAUAUCCAACAUGCCUUCUAUAAAAGUCAAUGAGAGUAAAAAAAGUAAAAAGCGAAGAUUUUUAAAAGAACAACAACAGAAAGCUUCUGUUUUAACAAGUUCCAAUGUGAAAAUAACAAAGAAAAAACGAGCCGGGUUUGGUGAAGCCUCCAGUGAGAGUGAUUCUGAGCCUAUUGAAGCUGACUGGGGGAGUGCAAACGACCAUUCAGAUAACGAUGAUGAACAAUGGCAAAGUGAAGAAAAUGUCACAAGAUCAUUCACUAAUUCCAAUGAUGAUGAUGAACAAAGUGAUUCGGGGUCUUCAGACAAUGACCUUGAGGAAUCUGAAGAAGAUGAAGAUGAAGAGUUAAGCGAAAAUGAGCUGAAUACUCUGAUACAAUCUCAGAAGAAACCAAUGACUAAGGAUACUUCAAAACAAAAAAUCAGUGGUCCGAAAAAGAAACCUCUAAAACGAACUCGUGAAUCUGUUGAAAACACUCCAACGUCCGCAAAGAAAAUGAAAAUAAUUGGAGAGUCAAAGCAAUCAAUCGUAAAACCUCUUGAUAAAGGUGAUGAUCAUCAAGUGUCUGUGUCAUAUAGUUGGAAAAAUGAAUCUGUUAUAAUUGAGGAAAUCAAAAAACGUGCAAUUGAACUUUCAUCUGCUACGUUGCAUGUGAGUCCAUUACCACCGGAUCAUAACGAGUCUAUGCUGAAAUCAUUGUCACCGAGUAUGAUGUCAUAUCGAUUUUCAAUAAGGAAAAAUAAAAGGAUUCGAGACUUUGUGUUUCUUCAAUACGUCGAUGCGGAUACAGCCGAAGCUGCAAGAAAAGCUAUAUCUGGUCGUCUGUUUGCCGGCAGAACAAUCUCUGCCCAACCUAAUCGUCUGUCAUUUCCUAUCAGUGACUUAAAUUUGGAUAAUAUUAAUCGAACGCAGCUUUUUGUGACUGGUUUCAAUAGUUCAACAACUAAAAAUGAUUUAAUACAUAUAUUUCCAAAAGGCACUGUUGAUUUUCCAUUGACCAUAGAUGGAAUGACAUGCGGUUAUGCAGUUAUCAAAUUUGUCAAUGAAAAUGUAUCACUUGAGGCGUUUUCCACAACACAUAAACGACUUGUUCGUGGUCUACCAAUAUUUGUCAAUUUUAUAUUUUCUCGUUCUAAAGUAAUAGAUCAGAAACAAAAUAAUGAUGAAAAUCAAUUAAAGGCUAACAAAUCUAAAAAUGAUCAAUCAUUGGAAAAAAUGAAAGAGAAACAAUUGAAUAAACCAUCAUCAUCAUCAUCAUCAUCAUUGGAAAAGACUUCUAACAUAGUAAUUCAGAAAACAACAGUGAAUACAAAAGAUAUUGGUAAUAAAGAGAAGAGUAGUAAUACAAAAGUUUUAGUUCAACAAUUACCUGAAUCUGAAAAUGAUUCCAAAUCAUCAGCUAGUGAUGAAUCAAAUGAUGAAAGUAAAACCGAUGAAUUACUUGUUCAUCAAACCAAAAAUAAAAAUUCAACCACUAGUAAAACAUCAGUACUAAAUGAUCUUGUAUCAUCGAAAAUAUUGAAAGUGUCCCCCAAAAAGAAAUCCAAAUCUGAAAUGAGUAAACUAGAUGAUGAUGAGGAUGAUAGUGAUGGUCAAGAUGAUGAUGAUGAUGAUGAUGACGACGAUGAUGAUGAAGACGAUGAAGAUGAAAUUAGCGAGUAUGAUGAAGAUGACAGCGGUACUGAGGAAGAGGACGAUGAUGAAGAUGUAGAUGAUGAUGAUGACGACGACGAAGAUGACGAGGAUGAGGAAGAUCUAGGCGAUACAGAUAGUGAUGAUGCGUCUGAAGAUAGCGAUGAGGUGGUUAAAAACGAUUCCAAGCAGAAAAACACAGUUGAUAACAAGAAUAAACCUUCGCCUUUAAAAAAUAAUAGCCAAAUCAUUUCCGUUGACGAAGAACAAGCCUCAUCAGCUGAUAGUAAUAAUAGUUCCGAUGAGGAAAUUGACAAACAAUUGAUGACAGUUAUUCAAGCUAAACGUAAUGCUAAAAAAUCAUUCAAGUCACCUAAGAAUGCUAAGCGUAAUUUCGACUCAGCAAAGCACUCUGGAAAAAAAAUUCAACCUCAAUGGGUAGGUUAAAUCCUUCUAUUUUUUUAAAAUUUCUGAUGCAUUAUUAUGAUUUAUUAUUUAUCGAUAGCAAAAUCAACCUCAUUUAUUUAUUUAUGUUAACACAUAGAUAUUGGUACAAGGAGGCACCAAGUAGAUAUGCGCCACAUAAAUCAUCCGAUUUAUGUGAGGGCUGUGAUACUACCCGGGUGCCCAAACUGAAGCAGGUGGUUUUCUUAGGGGGUCACACCCCGAGCCUUUGACCUAAAGGUCUGACCCACAAGGCAGUGGCGCAUCGUGUGGAGAUGCAGUCCUAUGGUAACCUCAUUGACACUAAUUUCACGAUUUAAAAAAAUUGUACAACUAUGUUAUUUUAAGCUACAACUAUCUCACAGAUCUUGGAAUCUAAAAGUCUAUCUAACUAACAAUGAGACUUGUGUCGACAAUCAAUUACUUCGUGAACUGAUAUGACGUUUAAUUGUUUAAUAAUAUUGAAUACAAAACGACAUAAAUCAGUAUUAUUAGUAAUGACGCUAGUGGUACAAAACUAAGCAUCAAAUAGAUGAUUUAACAAUGUCAUGUUCUACUUUGAAAGUAGAUCUCUUCACUGCAUUCCCUGUUUUCAAUAUCCAUUGACAAUAUAACUAGCAAAUAGAAUAGAUUUUCUCUAUUGUUAAAUGACAUGAGAUUUGGGAGAUAAAAGUUCGCAAAACUAAUCAUUAAUGAUGAAUAUACCACAACUUGAAUUGUUACAAAGGAUUUAAAUAAUCACAUGGUUGAUAAUCUUGACUUGAAUCAUAAUCAGUCUUUGUUGGUAUAUGUUGUCACAUUUUGCGUGGAUUCCUUCGAUGUCGUCAUUUUUCACAAGUUUAUUGAAUGAGAUGAAUUUGUAGCUAGUAGUGAAAUCCAAUACAUGUAUGUCAUCCUACUUGAGACUCGUCAGUUGGAUGUAUCUUAGAUGUAUAUAAUACAUCUAGCCAAAAUCCAUCUACUCUAAAAAUUAUAUUUUUUUUCUCCAUUAUCAAAUUGUAUUAGAUAAUUGAAAGAUAUCAAUUUCAUAAGUCAAUGAUCAAGAACCAGUUAAUUUUAAAACGUUGCCUAAUUUUCCGAUUCCCUUUAUCAGUAGUAUUUAAUACCAAUUAAAAGUAGUUGCAGACGUUUGAGAAGAUAGAAUCAAAGUGAAUGGGAAUGUAAGCAAAUAGUAAUUGUAAUAACAGUGAUCAGACGAUGAAAUUUGAGACAAUUGAUGAGAGAUUUGCGAAUAAAGUAGUUACGAAACAACUCUGCAAUUUCGCAUUGAAUAAUAAAUUGAUUGUUCUUACUUGAAAAAUAUAUGACAAUCACACAUCAGCAAGUGAAGCUCAUCAACUGACUGAUCUACUUCAAGUCAUAAGUUACACUUUUUAAGGAUUAUUUUAAAAAUUAUUCACUUGAAUAAGUUCCUAAUUCUUUAUGUGUUCUCUCUUUACGUUUGUUCAUUCUUUCGGUUUCAGCUUCGUGUACCUGAAACUAUGAAGGGCAAGAAGAAAUAGAUAAAAACUAAUUAUGAACGGUCAAAUAUAGUGUAUAUAUAGAUUCAUAUAAUGAAUAAAAAUUAUUAUAUUUGG